AGUCGGGCCUCAGGCUCCCAGCAGCUCACCGCUUCACAGGGGGAAACGCUCGCCUCAUCUCUGUCCGCGUCAGUGCCAGUACCUGUGUAUACACCACGAAGAUGGCACCCCCUGGGGGCAAAAAGGCCAAGAAGGGCAUCCUAGAACGUUUAAACUCUGGAGAGGUUGUGAUUGGAGACGGAGGGUUUGUCUUUGCCCUGGAGAAGAGGGGCUAUGUGAAAGCAGGUCCAUGGACCCCAGAAGCUGCUGUGGAACACCCAGAAGCAGUUCGUCAGCUUCAUCGAGAGUUCCUCAGAGCUGGAUCGAAUGUUAUACAGACCUUCACCUUUUAUGCCAGUGAAGACAAGCUGGAAAACAGAGGAAACUAUGUUGCAGAGAAGAUAUCAGGGCAGAAAGUCAAUGAAGCUGCUUGUGACAUUGCCCGACAAGUGGCUGAUGAGGGCGAUGCUUUGGUGGCAGGAGGAGUGAGUCAGACACCUUCAUACCUUAGCUGCAAGAGUGAAACUGAAGUUAAAAAAGUAUUUCAGCAACAAUUAGAGGUCUUUAUCAAGAAGAACGUCGACUUCUUGAUUGCAGAGUAUUUUGAACAUGUUGAGGAAGCUGUGUGGGCAGUGGAAGCCUUGAAGGCAUCUGGGAAGCCAGUGGCAGCGACCAUGUGCAUCGGCCCAGAGGGAGAUCUGCACGGCGUGCCCCCGGGCGAGUGUGCGGUUCGCCUGGUGAAAGCAGGAGCUUCCAUCAUCGGUGUGAACUGCCACUUUGACCCCACAACUAGUUUGCAAACAGUGAAGCUCAUGAAAGAAGGCUUAGAGGCUGCCAGGUUGAAAGCCCACCUGAUGGCUCAGCCCUUGGCCUACCACACCCCUGACUGCAGCAAACAAGGAUUUAUUGAUCUUCCAGAAUUCCCCUUUGGACUGGAACCCAGAGUUGCAACCAGAUGGGAUAUUCAAAAAUAUGCCAGAGAGGCCUACAACCUGGGGGUCAGGCUUAUUGGCGGGUGCUGUGGAUUUGAGCCCUACCACAUCCGGGCUAUUGCAGAGGAGUUGGCCCCUGAAAGGGGAUUUUUGCCACCAGCCUCAGAAAAGCAUGGCAGCUGGGGAAGUGGAUUGGAUAUGCAUACCAAACCAUGGAUUAGAGCCAGGGCCAGGAAGGAGUACUGGCAGAAUCUUAGGAUAGCCUCUGGAAGGCCAUACAACCCUUCAAUGUCAAAGCCAGAUGCCUGGGGAGUGACCAAAGGAACAGCUGAGCUGAUGCAGCAGAAAGAAGCCACAACUGAGCAGCAGCUGAGACAGCUCUUUGAAAAACAAAAAUUCAAAUCUUCACAGUAA